UUUUCUGAGGAGCCUAGAGGGGCUGUGCUGCGGUGCCACUUAUCAUUAGAUAUGGCCACCGUUACAGAGUCCGCCGGAGCGUCAUCUUCAACUUAAUUUUGUGGUUUGUUUUCGGGGUAAAUUCGCGGCUCGGCCCCGGUGGCAGGCGGGGUGGUAUUUCUGGCGAGCUAAUGUUUGUUGCUACAUGCCUCGGGGGGCGGCGGGUGCUGCGUGGCAGGCUGGCCGCGAGAGUCUCCUAACUGGCCGCUUGGUCCCGCAGCUCGUCGGUCGCAGCUGAAGAAAAUAGAACCAGUUGCCAACCAAGCGGUCGGAACCCAGCGUUGACUGCGCGUUCGCCGGGGAUUCGCGUUUAAAGUUGCGUUUUACCGACUCUUGCAGCCGCUUGGAUUUUCCUGGCUCCGUUUCCUCCGCACGUAAAUGGUAGAAUUGUUGGCCGUACACUUGGGUGGCUAACACCAACUAGCUACAUAACCCCAACUCGUGCGACGACAGCUGUCAUUGGAGAAAGGAAAGUGAUCUCUCCCCCACCGCCUCCGAAUGCAAGUGAAGCGCUAUUCUGCUGGAUUUACAUGAUCCGCCCUUCCAUCAAAUGGGCAAAGUUGGGAAUAACAUCGCAGCGUUGGAAUAUAAUGAUAUGCGUGAUGCAUUUCUGAGAACUGCGGUGUUGCUUCAUUGGAGAGAGGCUAGCUAGCGCGGUUAGCUUGCUAGCUAGCUGGGGGUUGAUAUAAGUGCGACGUUUCAUCUCCCAGUAUUUUGGACAUGAAGAGGACAAUUCGCUACUCAUAGGGCUGGAAGAAUGUCAUCAGAGGAUAAGACUGUGGAGCCCUCUGACCAGGGACCCUCACCGCCCUCCAGCAGUGUAGGGGCCACGUCCACAGAAAGUCCUGCCCACUCAGACAAGCGACCACGUGGCAGGCCACGCAAGGAUGCUGCUGCCAUCCUACCCCAGGUGCCACCCUCAUCCACGCCGAAGAACAGAAAGAAGGGUCGCACCAGAGGAAGGCUUGCCGUAGACGAGGAAGACAGUAUGGACGGGACUGAGAUAACGGAGUCCAUAGGCACUCAGGACACAGAAACACAAAUCCUGCCAGUGGAGGCCGUGGAAGUGGUGACCGGUGAGGUGCCAGAGAAGGACGAUCCCUCUUGCCCUCUGGCCCAGAGCCCUCCAGCUGAGAAUUCAGCAGGACCAUCUGUCCCAGGAAGUGGAGAAGUCAAAAGCAGUGAGCGUCUCUGUGCCUUCUGUUACUGCGGUGGCCAUAGCCUGCUGGGUCAGGGGGAUCUGCAAGUAUUCAGUACCACGCCUCAGCUUGAAGCACUAUUCAUCCAGAAGGGUGGAGGAGGCUCGACAAGUGAUAGCAGUGAUGGUGAUAAAACCACUCAGCCAAAAAUGGCUGGAGAGACCACCUCAGGACAGAGGGAAAAGACAAAUGUGUCUGAAAGCUGCGAGGAGGAACCAGACCCAGCCAGUCGAAUUUGGGAUGAAUUGUCUCAUGUUGGCCUUCCACAAGAUCUUAAGGUCCAGUCUGUCUUCGAGUCAGGGCAAUGCUGGGCACAUCAGAGUUGUGCCUUGUGGUCCGAAGGUGUUUGUGAGGGCGAGGGACAAUCUCUGCUUAAUGUGGACAGAGCCAUUGACUCAGGGAGCACAAAGCACUGUGCAUACUGUAAGCGCCUUGGAGCAUCCAUUAAGUGCUGUGCUGAAGGAUGUGCUCAACAUUACCAUUACCCCUGUGCAGGGGCAGCUGGGACAUUUCAGGAUAUCGGGAGUCUCUCGCUCCUUUGCCCAGAACACAUUGAAUUGGCCAUUGACAAAUUUGUAGAUGAUUCAAGUUGCGCACUAUGCGAUAGCCCAGGGGACUUACUGGACCAGCUCUUCUGCACCAGUUGUGGUCAGCAUUACCAUGGAAUGUGCCUGGACAUGGCCGUGACCCCUCUAAGGAGGGCAGGUUGGCAGUGUCCCGAGUGCAAGAUCUGCCAGACCUGCAACAACCCAGGAGAGGACACUAAAAUGCUGGUGUGUGAUAUGUGUGACAAAGGCUACCAUACCUUCUGUCUGCAACCUGCCAUGGACUCUCUUCCCACCAAUGGAUGGAGGUGUAAGAACUGCAGAGUUUGCAUCCAAUGUGGAACACGUACCAGCGGGCAAUGGCACCACAACAGCCUGCUGUGUGAGAACUGCGUACUAAACCAGGACCCUGCUUUGUGCUGUGCGACAUGUACUAGCAUCCUGGACCCUGAGCAUCACAAAGACCUACUGUUCUGCCACACUUGUAAAAGAUGGCUACACCUAGAGUGUGAGCGUCAGAACUCAGGCCAAGCAGAUAUCCACCCCAGAGAGGACUAUGUCUGUUCCAACUGCAGGUCCCCUGCUGCAGAGCAGGCGCUACAGGCAGAGGAUAUGGAUACCGGCCCAGAGCUCAGCCCGCAGCCUGCCUCCAUGCACACAGACUCUGAGACUAGCCUACAACUGGCUCAAAAGCACACGGACCUAGAACCUGGCACUCAGCAGCCUCCUGAAAUGCACAAUGACCCCAAACCGGAGUUACUUGCUGUUCCAUUGCACUCAGAUCCAGAGCCUGCUCAGGCUACUGUCCAGGAGGAGAAGCUGGCUAUUUCAGCCCAGAAGCCUGAAGUCUCAGUUGAAGCAGACGCUGAAAAGCAGGUUACUGAACCUUCUGUCAACAAAAUCCUCACAGAAUUCAAACCAGAAACAAAACCAGCAGCAACAACCCAGCUCACAUCUCCAGAGAGUCCUGCUUCUUCUUCAACUCCCUGCCAGGAGUCUGAGUCUUUUCCCACCCAGCUUUCUACGGAGGCACUACAAACGCAGGAUACCACGUUACAAAUCAAACCAGCAAAGACAGAGGUCUGCCCUGAACAGGACAUGGCCAACCCCAGCACAAAGGAUUUUAAGGCCAUCAUCUCUGCCACCAAAGAACCAAGUACUGCAUCAGUACCUUUCACGGACCAACCAGUGGAAGUCUCACUACCCCAGCCUUCAAGUAUGGAUGUUGUCAGGACUUCUUUUCUGGAAACCGCUCCAAAAGACAUUGAUAAGGAGACGAGGGAGGGUAUUUUUCAAAGAAACCUGGCAGAAACUGUUAUGCCCUCAGCCUCUUGUACAUCAGAGGAGAUGGACACCACACCAGAAAGCAAGCCUAAUCUCUCAUUUCCCAGCCCGUCUUCAGAGGAGAUACCUCUCAAGACAUCUGUGGAGAGGUUGGCUGAUAUGGUUUCCUCUCCAUCCCACUCCUCCCCUCUGCUUCGCGGGAUUUCUCCCAGAGAACCACAGCAGGCCCCAAUCCUACCUUCGCUGGGCGACCACGGCAGCGUGAUGUCCACCACCACACUCAUACCACUCACCCCAAAGAUUGGAAUGGGAAAGCCAGCUAUCACUAAGAGGAAGUUUUCUCCUGGGAGGCCCAGAGUGAAACAGGGUGCAUGGAGUCCCCAUAGCAGUGUGAGCUCCCCCUUGUCCUGGUCGCCAGACCAGCCAGAGGGGUGGGACGUCCCAAAGACCAGGCAUUCCUCUGGCAGCCCCGGCUGGAGCAUCAGAGUGGGUCGAGGUUCGGGCUUCCCAGGGAGGAGGAGGCCCAGAGGAGCUGGUCUAUCAGGUAGACCUGGACGCGGAAGGGCCAGAGGCAAGAAUGGAGUGAGUCCCAGCAUGAACCCCGGGAUCACCACAAUAGAAACAUCAUACCCCAUGAAAGACGAGGAGGAGAAUGCCAUGCAUAACACAGUGGUCAUAUUCUCCAGCAGUGACUGUUUCACACUGAAACAGGACAUGUGUGUGGUGUGUGGGAGUUUUGGCCUUGGUGCAGAAGGCCGUCUUCUGGCCUGUGCUCAGUGUGGCCAGUGCUACCAUCCAUUCUGUGUCGGCAUAAAGAUCAAUAAAGUGGUGCUGAGUAAAGGCUGGCGUUGUCUGGAGUGCACAGUGUGCGAGGCCUGUGGUCAGGCCACAGAUCCUGGCCGCUUGUUGCUAUGUGAUGACUGUGACAUCAGCUAUCACACCUAUUGCCUGGACCCUCCACUGCAGAACGUACCCAAGGAGAGCUGGAAGUGCAAAUGGUGUGUGUCCUGUAUCCAGUGUGGUGCCACAACACCGGGCCUAAGGUGUGACUGGCAGAAUAAUUACACUCGGUGUGCCCCCUGUGCCAGCCUUCUUACAUGUCCCAUUUGCCUAGUGGACUACAGUGAAGGCACUGUCAUCGUGCAGUGCCGCCAAUGUGACAGAUGGUUUCACGCCUCUUGUCAGGGUCUCCAUUCAGACGACGAUGUGGAAAAAGCUGCAGACAGCAGCUUUGACUGCACAAUGUGCCGAGCUUUUAAGACCACUAAAGUUGUGACCAAGGCCAGAGACGCCAUUGAGCCUGUAGUGAUGACGCAGAUUGUCACAAAGGCAAAAGAAAUGGAUCUGUCAAGGACCUACACCCAGGACGGCGUUUGUCUGACAGAGUCGGGGCUGUGUCAGCUGCAGAGCUUGUCUGCCACAGCUUCACGGCGCAGGAAACCCAAGCCGAAGCUGAAGCUAAAAAUUAUUAACCAAAACAGUGUUGCAGUGCUUCAAGCUUCUGUAGACCCCCUCUCAGAACAUUCUCGUGAUGAAGACAUGGAGGACAACAGAGAGGCGGAGCUCAUAGAUUGCGAGGGGAAGUCUGACUCGAGCCCCGAGCGAGAGCCAGCAGAAGAUGACUCCAAGGGGGGCGACGGCGGCAAGAAGAGGAAGAGGAAACCGUACCGGCCGGGCAUUGGUGGUUUCAUGGUCCGCCAAAGGAGCCGUCCAGGCCAAGGUCCAGGCAAGGCCAAACGAUCCCUCUGCAGAAAAGAUUCCUCUGGCUCAGUGUCAGAAAAUCCUGUUGGAAAAGACGAGGGUUGGACAGAAGCAAUGCCUGAUACUCCUGUAGAUGAGAUCCCCCCGGGACCGGAGGUCCCAGAGAAAAUUAAGAAACGUUACCGAAAGAAGAAAACCAAACUGGAGGAAGCAUUUCCCGCCUAUCUGCAGGAGGCAUUCUUUGGAAAGGACCUGCUGGACAAAAGCAAGCAGAGCAGGCAGAAGGGGGUCGAGUCAGGUUUACUGGAAGAAGGGCAAAGCCAUGUGGAGAGGAAGCGCCCCACCACCGGCUUCCUGGACCCUGCAUCAUACACUGUGCACAGUGCAUCAUCAACACCCCUUCCUGCCAGACCCACAGCAGCACCUGCUGAACUCAGUUGUUACUUUCAUCCACACCUCUCAUCACACGGAUCUGAAGAGACGUCUGAGGAACCAUUAGUUGAUCUAUCUGAUGUUCUGAACACUGAUGCAGACAUCUUGGGAAUGUUCGGAAAGCCAAGCAAUGACUCUGGUCUUGAUUUUUGCCCCUUCCAGGUUGACAGCUCACCUACUCCUUUUGCUGGUCUGGACAUCGGGCCCCUGACAGACGGUUCCCCAGUGGCGGGCCAGUCUCAGACUGGCCGGAGGACACCUCGCACCCUCCCAGAUGAACCCCUGGACGGCAUUCUCAGCCCAGAACUAGACAAGAUGGUCACUGAUGAAUCAAUUCUCAGCAAACUUUACAAAAUUCCAGAGCUGGGGGGUAAGGAUGUAGAGGAUCUCUUCACUGCAGUCCUUAGCCCCAGCACUAGCCAACCACCUCCACCACCACAGGUGCCUCACUCCCAGGGUCCAGGGCCCCUCCCUGGCACUAGCAUGCCUCACCCCAAUACAGGGAAUCCAAUGUUUCCAAGGAUGCCAAUGAUAAAUGGUAUGAUGGGACCAAACCAACGUUUCCCCGCAAAUCCAGGAGCAGGUCCCUGCAUCCCAGAUGAUUUCUCCCCCCUUAACCAUAUGCCUUUCACUGACAAUCCAAGGGAUAGAAAAUUUAAUCAGAUGCCUAGAGAGGCAGUUGGUCAAUGGCCCUCCCCUAGCCAUUGCUCUGGCCCUGCAACCCCUGGAUCUCUGCCUGAUGGGGAGACUGAAGCCAUGUCAAAUGCCCAAAGGAGUACACUCAAGUGGGAGAAGGAGGAGACACUUGGAGAGCUAGCCACUGUUGCACCUGUCCUCUAUACCAAUGUCAAUUUCCCCAACCUCAAAGAGGAAUACCCAGAUUGGUCUACAAGAGUAAAGCAAAUUGCAAAACUUUGGAGGAAAGCUAGUUCACAAGAUAGGGCCCCAUAUGUGCAAAAGGCAAGAGAUAACCGAGCUGCCCUGCGCAUCAACAAAGUCCAGAUGUCGAAUGAGACGGUGAAGAGGCAUCAUCCACAGCAACAGCCCCCUGAGGUGUUUGAUCCCAACAUACCACUAGACACAGAACUGCUGUUUAAAGACCCUUUGAAACCAAAAGAGUCAGAGCAUGAACAAGAGUGGAAGUUUAGACAGCAAAUGAGGCAGAAAAGCAAACAGCAAGCCAAAAUUGAAGCCACUCAGAAACUGGAGCAAGUAAAGAAUGAGCAACUCCAGCAACAACAGCAGCAACAGCAGCAGACCAACAGUCAGUCAGAGGAAGAUGGCAACAACAGUGGGAACCAGAGCCCAGCCUCACUGCCCAGCAAUGGCAGCAUGUCCCCCAUGAACUCUAAAGAUGCCUUUGCCAGGCCACAGCUACCAGGGACGCCUACUUCAGGCCCUCCGGAAGAUGUGUUCUUAAGACCCCCUCCUCCCCCUCCAUCUGGCCCUUCCUCCCAACCUCAGUCCCCACAGGUAUUCUCACCAGGCUCCUCUGGUUCCAGACCCUCUUCUCCGUGGGACCCAUAUGCCAAGAUGGUUGGAACCCCAAGACCACCAACUCUUGGGCCAAAUGCAUGUCGCAGAAUGGUGGAAUCUGGUAAAUCCCCCACUUCCUUGAUGGAGCAACAGGACAGAGGUCGGCCCUCUCCUGCUCAUGAAUCUUUUGGCUCUCCAACAUCCAUGAGCAAUGAUCCUUAUGCCAAACCUCCUGACACCCCAAGGCCAACUGGGGAUAUGGACCCUUUUUUGAAGCCCAUGGGUCCACCAAGGGCAAGUCAGGCUGCUCAGGGAAGACCACCAAUGGGUUCUCCAGGCAGAGAAUCCUACUCGAGGCCCAUGAUAAGAAAUGAGGCUUAUCAGCGCAUGGCCCAGAAUAGGAUGAUUUUGUCUGACCCUUAUUCAAGACCAUUACUAACACCAAUCCCUGGAAGUAAUGAGUCCGGCUCAGUCCCUCUUUUUAAAACGCCUAUGCCCCCUCCUCAGGCUCAGGAUCCCUUCUGUCGUUCAGGUCCUCAUCCUUCUGACAGGUUCUCCCAGAAUCAGCUGAAUGACCCCUAUGCUCAGCCUCCCAAUACGCCAAGACCAUCUGGGAAUGACAACUUUACCAGUCCUCCUAGAAUGGGCCAGCAUCACUCUCAGGGGCACUCAUUUGCUCAGCCAGGACCAAUGACUCAAAUGUCUAGAAAUCCUUAUGCUCAUGCACCUUCCACUCCAAGGCCUGACCAUUUUACAUAUGACCCAUUUGCCCAACCGUCUGGUCCCAGCAAGCAAGCUGCUGACCCUUUCUCUCAGUCUUCAGUUAACCAACGAUCCAUCAAUGACCUCAGUGGUCAACCUCGUCCAUUUUUUGAGCCAUAUGCCCGGCCCCCCGGCACACCACGUCCACAUGACAACUACGGUCAGCCAUCAAACACCCCUAGCCCAUCUUCAGACCCUUAUUCACAGGGUCCUGCUACCCCACGCCCCGGUGGGAUGAACCAGUUCACUCACCAGUCGCACCCUGGACAGAGGAUGUCACCUUCCCACUCAGUAGACCCUUAUGCUCAGCCACCAGGUACUCCACGGCCCUCAGUGGGGGAGAGAUUUUCCAAGUCACCAGGCAGCCAGAGGGGGCCAAUUGAGCCAUUUACUAGCACACCUGGGACAUCACGACCAGGAGGUGGUGACAUGUUUCCUCAGCCUGGGGUCCUCAGACCAAUGCUGAAUGACCCUUAUGCCCAGCCUCCAGGUACCCCACGGCCUGGUCCUGAUGGCCUCAGCAGACAAGGGCCCAGGCCAGGACCAAUGGGAAGCCAGGACCUUUACCAACCACCCCAAGGCAGGCUUCAGGAGUCCUUCGUUCAUCCAGGCUCACAAACACCAAAACACCUGAGUGUGUCUGAAGAUGGAUUUUCUCAGUCACCAUCCAGAAGACUCAGUCAGACACCUGUCCAUGACCCAUUUGAACAAGCCCCCAUGACCCCUCAUCCACAGUCAAUGGAGAAAAUGGAAAUGAAAGAUCACUCAGGUGUGGGUAACAAUGGAGCUGUCCCUCAAGACCCAGGCCAACUGUCUAACAACCCACACAUGUCUGGUGUGUCUUCUGACCCUCAGGGUGUAGCUCUUGCUGAGAACGAGGAAAGACUCAGACAGAGACAACGAAUUAGAGAACUAAUCCUAAAGCAGCAGCAACAGAGGAGUGCGAUUCGACAGGAGAGGGGCCCUCAGGACCCUGCUGGUAGCAUAACUCCAGGAACGCCACGACCCUGGCCUCAGGAGGUCCCUGGGCAGCAGGGGGAAAUGUUCAACCGACCUCCUCCACCUUAUCCUGGACAAGGACCCAUGAGAGGGCCAAUGAGAUUUCCUGGACCUUUUCCAGGGGAUCAGCGUGUCUCUUUCCCUAAUGAGGGACAAAUGCCUCGGGGCCCACAUCCUCGGGAUCCUAAUAUGAGACACCAGGGACCAAGGUUUGCAUAUCCACCUGGGGUUCUUGGACCACAUGGACCCCAAGAGUUCUUUCCCCGGGGACAACACCCAAUGCAGGAUGUCCCUCCUCAAAUGAGACGCUCCAUAUCUGCAGAAAUGGCAAACAGCAUGGGAGGCAACCACAUGGGGCUACCCCAACACUUCCCACCACGGGGUAUGCCAGUGCAGCAGCACAACAUAAUGGGCCAGCCUUUCAUUGAGUUGCGACACAGAGCAGCAGAAAACAGGUCACGCAUGCCAUUUCCACCAGGUGCCAUGCAAGGCAGCAACAUCGAUCCCAACAUGCAGGUUCUAAGGCCAGCAGGCUUUCAGGGAGCCCCUGAUUCAAGGUUCUCAUUAAAUCAGGGGUCCAGGAUGGUAGACCCCAUGAACUUUCAGACUGGUCAUCUACAGAUGUCUGCCAGCAUGGACAAUCUUCAUCAUCAAGCACAAAUGUCAGGAAUUAACACACUCAAACAGACUCUUUUGAUGAGAUCCAUGAGCCAGCCUGCUUCAAAUGAGACUCAGAACAUGGCUGCAUCAAUGACCCUGUCUGCACCCCCUGCUGGGCAGACUGAGACUAUCCAUAUGGCCAGCAGUGAAGCUGUGAUGGAGAAACUGGAUACAGAGGAAUCUGCGGUCAAAGAUCUUGAGGACGUAGAGGUGAAAGAUUUAGUGGAUGCUGACUUAGAAAACCUAAAUUUGGAUCCUGAAGAUGGUAAAGACCUCGACCUGGAGACUAAUGACCUACACCUUGAUGACUUCCUAACAUCUGGGAAAUUUGACAUCAUUGCUUAUACAGACCCUGACCUAGAUGACAUCAAGAAAGACAUGUUUAACGAUGAACUGGAUCUCAGCGAUCCUAUGGAUGAUAAUGCUGACACCAUAGACAACAACAAAAGCUUGAGCACUGAAACUGAGGCUUCGUCUAGUUCAGCAUCUGGAAUGGCAAAGUCAGAGACCUUUGGUGAGCACUCCUUAGCUGACAUCAAGCUGGAAGCCCCUGGGAGUCAGGACUCUGCUUCUUUAGCACCUGGGAAAGAAAUUAAAAUGGAGGUCAAAGACUGUCAGAAAGCACCUGAGGUGGUAGACCAGCAAGCUGCUGGAAACACCUUAACCUCAAACCAGCAGGGAGUGCUCUCUGACUCCACCCCAGUCCUUUCUAGUUUACUCAUUAAGCAGCAGCCUGAGGAGCAGUCAUUAAAUCCAAUCGGUGAAUCUGUCAGUCAUGGAGGUAACCUCAUACCCCAGCAGAACCAAGUCACUGACUCUCAGCAUACCUCAGGACUCGCAAUGAGUCAAACAAUAUCCGACGACACCACUGCAGAAGCUUCUUUGACUGGCUUUGGAGCAGAGCACCAGGUGGGGCUAUCCCCUGGAGUGGACCAGAGCGGCCUGACUCCGGCCCAGCAGGCAAUGUUGAGCCAGGAAAUGGAUCAGCACGGCCAGCUACAUCGUCCUCUUCUGCUAGAGGAGCAGCCACUCCUGUUGCAGGACCUCCUAGACCAGGAGAGGCAGGAGCAGCAGCAGCAGAGGCAGAUGCAAGCCAUGAUACGACAGCGUUCCAGUGACUCCUUCUUCCCUAACAUUGAUUUUGAUGCCAUCACUGAUCCCAUCAUGAAAGCCAAAAUGGUUGCCCUGAAAGGCAUCAACAAAGUCAUGGUUCAAAACAACAUGGGGAUGACCCCGAUGGCCAUGAGCAGAUUUCCUCCUGUUCCUGUUCCACCUUCUCCUGAAAGUGCACCACCACCACCACCUCCUCCACAAGCUGUUGGACAGGAUGGGAAAUUGACACCAGUAGUAAGACAGAGUCCUCCAAACUUUGGACCAGGAUUUGUCAACAAUGCUCAGAGGGCUCAGUACGAGGAGUGGCUCCAGGAGACUCAGCAACUACUUCAAAUGCAGCAGAAGUUUCUGGAAGAGAAGAUCGGUGCUCACAGAAAGUCUAAGAAAGCCCUGUCUGCUAAGCAGAGAACAGCUAAGAAGGCAGGGAGGGAGUUCCCUGAGGAGGAUGCUGAGCAGCUCAAACACGUCACAGAGCAGCAGGGUGUAGUGCAGAAGCAACUGGAGCAGAUCCGCAAGCAGCAGAAGGAGCAUGCUGAACUUAUCGAGGAGUACAGAGUGAAACACCAGCAAAACAAUAUGACACCCAUAAUGCCUGGGAUGCACUCGAUGCCAGGUCCUGCAGGCAUGGUCGCUAGUGGACCACCAAUAGUUCAGCCUCCUAUGAACCCCAUGAUGCAGAUGCCACCUCAUCCCAGCCAGACAAAUGCACCUCCACGUAUGCCCAACCCACCGCCUGGCUGGCAUCCAGGUGCUCCCAUGCCUAUGGGUGGACCAGGCAUGCCCCCAAUAAUGCCUGGUCCUCCCAUGCCUAUGGGUGGACCAGGCAUGCCCCCAAUAAUGCCCCCCCAGGUACCUGUAGCAAAUCCAGGCCAGCCUCAUCAGAUGCCAAUGGGUAACAUGCCUCAGCACUCACAAAUGCCUGUGGAGCCCCAAGCAGCACCAGCUCCACCAGGUGGUGUAAAACCCAUCCAGGGGGGCGGUUUGAAGUUUGAUGACAACAACCCAUUCAGCGAAGGCUUCCAGGAGCGGGAAAGGAGAGAGAGGCUUAGGGAGCAGCAGGAGAGACAGCGGGUACAGCUCAUGCAGGAAGUUGAACGACAGAGAGCCCUGAAACAUCGUAUGGAAAUGGAGCAGCAAGGGAUGAUGGGACCAGAUGGAAACAUGGCACCGCUUUCUCAGAUGCCAUUUUUUAAUGCAGAGCUGCCACAAGACUUCAUGCAGCCUCAGAGGCUCCCUCUACAACAACAGCCUCUCGGACCAGUGUUUCCCCAGCAGCAGGGCACUCAGCCUGGAAUGGGCUCACCACCUGGAACCUUCAUGCAAGGUGAAAGAAGGGCCAUGAUGGGCAAUGGAAUGAUGCCCGGGGAUAUGGGACAUGGUUUUGGGCCUGAUAAUAUUGCCCUACAAGCUCCCAACUUCCACCAGGGUCAGCCAAGGCCUCGUCAGUUCAGUGGCCCAGGAAUGAUGCUUCAGAUGCCAGGUGAUAGUCUGCCAUUCGACUCUGCUACACCUCUACCAUCUAACUUCCCAGGCUCAGGUCAGUCUCUUAUCCAGCUCUACUCCAACAUCAUCCCAGACGAGAAAGGGAAAAAGAAGAGGAGCCGCAAAAAGAAGAAAGACGAUGACGCAGAUUCAGUCAAGACACCUUCAACUCCACACUCUGACCUAACAGCUCCUCUUACACCGUGUGUCUCAGACACCUCCUCAACUCCAACCAGAAACACCCAUCUCUUUGGAGACCAGGACUUGUCAAGGUCCCCAUUACUGGGAUCUUCCACCCCCAGUCACUCAGAGCUGGAAAGACAGCUUUCUGGAGGACAGUCUGGACAACCUGGUCUCUCAUCAGACGCAGCAAGGACACAGGCACUGGAGCAUGACCGGAUCCUUAACAACAUAAAGCUGGAGCAGACUGAUGCCAGCGACUGUCACGGGCCCAUCGGCUCAGAAAUGAGCUCUGUGAAGGAGGAGGGUAGUAAAGGGAGCACAUCUCCCUUCCCUGCAGGGCAAAGUCCAAACAAGGGUGAGGCUGGUAAUGAACUGCUGAAGCACCUUCUGAAGAACAAGAGCACACCUCCACAUGGAUUGCCCCAACAGAGGUCAGAGGAGGACGACCCUGCGGACUGCAAAGCACUGCUGAGACAAUGCUCCAUGGACAGCAAUGGGGCGUACUCAGACGGCACCCCUGACUUUCCGGGACCUCUGCUCCCUGAACAGGAGAAAAAGAAAGGGAGGAACAAGAGAGCACCAAAAGGAGGAGAGAAACCUGCCUCUCGCUACAAGAAGAGGAAGAAGGAUGGAGAUGAGAGGCAACUGAUGCACUCUGGCCCCGACUCUGUAAUUACCCAAAUCAAACAACAGCUCUCCCUGCUGCCCCUCAUGGAGCCCUUGAUUGGGGUCAACUUUGCCCACUUCGCUCCCUAUGGCAGCGGCCAGCUCAAUGGAGAAAACCUCUUAGCUGGUACUUUUGGCAGCGCUUCACUCGAUGGUGUCUCUGACUAUUACUCCCAACUGGCCUACAAGAGUAACUUGAGUAAUCCCCCAACACCACCGGCAUCUCUUCCUCCCACCCCUCCUCCCGUAAAUCGACAGAAAAUGAUCAACGGAUUUGCCACAACAGAAGAACUGGCGAGCAAAGCUGCUGCCAUGGUGUCCAAAGGCCUGGUCCCAAAGCCACUACAUGUCCCAUUUAAGACUGAAGAAGAUCUACUAGCCAGGGCCAUUGCCCAGGGCCCCAAAACUGUGGAUGUUCCAGCCUCACUCCCCACCCCUCCACACAACAACCAGGAGGAGCUCAGUAACAGAGGACAGGAGCCUUGUAAGGACCGGGACACGCCUGACAGUUUUGUUCCAUCUUCCUCUCCUGAGAGUGUGUUUGGCAUGGAGAUCAGUCGCUACCCAGACCUUUCUCUGGUAAAGGAAGAGCCACCAUCCCCCUGCCUGUCUCCUGUCCUCCCCAUGCUUCCUGCACCUGAUGGGAAAGGGUCAGAGGUCAAACUGCAAGAUAUCAAGAUUGAGCCGUCUGCAAUGUUCUUCGGCUCCCCCUUUGGCCCCGUGUCUAAUGAUUCCAAACAGAGACUGGUGUCUGUAGCUAUCACUUUGAGACCAGCUGCAGCUGAGAACAUCACAGGUGUAGUGGCAGCCAUUUCAGACCUACUGUGUGUAAAGAUUCCCAGCAGCUAUGAGGUCAGCAGCACCCCAGACAGGGGGCCGCUAUCUAUGCUCAGCGGUGCAAGGGCGGGGCCCCAUGGCAUGGAGCAGCGGCCUCCCAUGCUCUACCAUGGACAGGGAGACAAUGGUGGGCUUCACGGGCGGCCUGGGCAGAUGAUAAGACCCGGUGGAGUGCAGGGGAUGAUGCAACAGCAGCAGGCUCAUCAUUUCCGCUUCCAUCCCAACAGCCCAGGUGCUGCUGUAGCUCGAGGACCUGAUCACAGGACCCCUGCCAGCCCCAGCUGUAAACCUCAGUGGUGCUGCCACUGUAAGGUGGUGGUUCUGGGAAAUGGAGUACAGAAAUCUAUCAAAGAUAUGCCUGCCCACAUGAAGGAAUCUGAAGGCCGUUUGAAAUCUGAAGAAGACCUGGUGUUCUGCAGCCACAGCUGCUUCCUUCUCUACUGUUCCUCACCACCACUGCAGUCUAGAUCAGCCACAGAAACAAAGGAAUCUAUGUCCCUCCUCCCAAUCUCAGAGCAAAUGGAGAGCCUUUCUAAAGCUCAGCACCAGUACAGUAACAACAUGUCAUCGCUGGAUGUCCAUUGCCUGGCCCAGCUUCAGCCCAAACAGUCUCCCCCUUCUACCCCUAUCCCCUUCCCCACAGCAGGUGAGACACCAAAGUUUGACACUAAGUCUGAUGCCAUUAAAGUGACAGUGAAGCUGAAGGCCCGGCCAAGAUCCAAUGACUGCUGGAACCAGGGAAAAAGACAGAAAGGACUCCGCUGGAGAAAGUGGACUGUCCAGGUAGUGAUACCGAGAGGGAAUUCCCAACUCCCAGAUGAGGAUAAGAUCGAUGAACUCCUCAAGAAACUUGGGGCCUCCCUGCGUCCCCCUGCUUCUCUGCAGGACCACAGACGUUGCUGUUUCUGCCACCAGUUUGGAGAUGGGCACACCGAUGGCCCUGCUAGGCUGCUUAAUCUCGAUCUCGAUGUAUGGGUUCACCUAAACUGUGCCCUGUGGUCGACUGAGGUGUAUGAAACCCAGGCUGGCGCCCUCAUCAACGUGGAGCUUGCACUGCGUCGAGGUCAAGCCGUCCGCUGCGCUUACUGCCAGCAGACUGGAGCCACCAGUGGCUGCCACCGCCUACGCUGCACCAAUGUCUACCAUUUUACCUGUGCUCUGACAGCUCAGUGCACCUUCUUCAAGGACAAGACCAUGCUAUGUCAUGCCCACAGGCCCCGGGGAACAGCAGGACAAGCACUUGAGCAUGAGCUGCGUUGCUUUGCUGUCUUCCGACGUGUCUACGUCCAAAGAGAUGAGGUGCGUCAGAUUGCCACUGCGGUGCAGCAUCCCGAGUUAGGCUACACCUUUCGAGUCGGCAGCCUGGUGUUGCAGGCAAUCGGUCAACUUACUCCUCUACAAAUGGCAGCUUUCCAUUCCACAACAGCCAUCUUUCCAAACGGCUACGAGGCUUGCCGCAUUUACUGGAGCAUGCGCCAUGGCAGCCACCGUUGCCGUUACAUCUGCUCUGUUGAAGACAGAGAGGGGCUGCCAGAGUUUACCAUCCGAGUCAUUGAACAGGGCUACCAAGACCUGGUCCUGACCGACACCUCUCCUAAAGGAGUGUGGGACAAGGUUCUGGGUCCCGUCGCUGAGAAAAGAACUGAAUCAGGUACUUUGAAGCUGUUCCCCAUUUACCUGAAAGGAGAGGACCUGUUUGGACUCACUGUCCCUGCAGUCACCAAGAUCACCGAAUCGCUCCCAGGAGUAGAGGCGUGUGAAAGGUACUCGUUCCGCUACGGACGUAACCCUCUCGUGGAGUUGCCUCUCCUGUUCAAUGCAGCUGGCAGCGCCCGCGUCCAGCCGAGGACAAACUCCACCUUCUCUUCUCUGGUCAUAAGGCCACAUGCACAGGCUGUAUCCAGCAACCACGCCAGGUCUAACCAGAAUGUGGCCCAAGGAGAAGGUGGCGCCCCCCAUAGCAAGCCUCCAGUAGUGCACCCCAGGUCCUCUCAGUACCGCUGGAUGAAGAGUGAGUGGAGAGCCAAUGUCUAUCUGGCCCGCUCCCGCAUCCAGGGCCUGGGGCUGUUUGCUGCCAGAGACGUUGAAAAACAAACUAUGAUGAUCGAGUACAAUGGAACCGUCCUCCGUAAUGAGGUUGCCAUCAGGAAGGAGAAGCUCUAUAGAUCUCAGAACCGAGAAGUGUUCAUGUUCCGCAUCGACAGUGAACAUGUCGUCGAUGCCACUCGAACUGGGGGGCUUGCAAGAUAUAUCAACCACUCUUGUGCUCCGAACUGUGUUGCUGAGGUGGUGACAUUUGAAAGGGGUUACAAAAUAAUCAUCAGCUGCGGUCGCAGAGUUGAAAAAGGCGAGGAGCUUUCUUUCGACUACCAGUUUGACACCGCGGAGGGUCACCACAAGAUCGCCUGCCACUGCGGAACUCCUGAAUGCAGGAAGUGGAUUAACUGAGGACAACAACUGACAAAACCUAAAUGCAUUCCUUGCUAUAGUGUGUGGAUGCUGUGAUCUCUGCACAGAGAGAAAAAAAGGCUUCACAUUGAAAUCAUUUUAUGAAUGAGCAGAAGGCCUGAACCCUCGGAGGAGACACAUUAAUUUACGCAUCGGUUCAUUAAGAUAAUGGGGUGGGGCGGGGGGGGGGGACACGGGUGGAGGAAGUGAAAUCGUAAACACAGUAGCAGGAUGUGACUCGUGCCAUAUGUGAGGGGCUCUGUUGUAUGAGAGGCCUCUGUCUGUCUGUAUGUAUCUGUGUGUACAUGGGGUGCGGAAUCCACCAGCGAAUGAGAAAGCACUGUGCAGGGUGCGGCCUUAUUGCUUACUAAGGGCAGGCCCUUUUGUUUCAUACUGUUAAUGUAUGCCGUAUGACUAAAUGUAGACAUCACUGAAUGAGGAAUGUACAGCAAUGAAUAAUGCGAAGGGAAUAUUAACUUGCACUAAAAAAAGAAAAUAAACAAAAAAAAACAACACACACACACAAACUUUUAAAAUACUUGAUUCCAUGAGUCAGUUUUAUCAUAGGUCUCUGUCAUGUGAUUUGUGUGGAAUAUGAGAGGUUUUGUAUUUAUUACUGAGUGAAUGAAUUUUAUUCUCAACAUGAUGAGAUUGAGUUGAAGAAGGCUAGAUUGCUAUUGUUUUUGAAGACUGAAGAAGACAUGCUGUUACUUUUGUAUAAAUGUACAUAAAGAAAACUAUAGGAAUAACCGACCAAAUACUACCUUAACCUUCUCGAUGUUUGGGUGUUUUUGAAUUGUUUCUGUUUGUCAUUGAAAUUUAUUUAAGAUGGACGUUAUUUCCGUUUGAGAGUAUAUAUUAUGAUUAUUCUGUACAGAAUUUGUAAUAUAACCACAAUAAUUCACAAAGUAUUUUUGUUGUAUUAAAAGUAAGGUAUUGUAGCGUAUUGUUUUGUGACUUACACAUACUUUGACCACUCAAAAAAAGAAAUAUUUUUGUUGACUAACGUAACGAGCUAUCAGUUACAGAAUCAAAGAAUAAAAAAAAUGACUUCAAAUAGUGAGAGAUCGUUGUGAUCUGUUUGCUGUUAAUCAGGUUUGAUUUUAAAGAACUGUGAAUUAGGUUUUGAAACCCAAAAAGGCAAACUUUUUAACUUUUUAACACGAAUAGGAACACCAACAUGUAUUUAUCUGUUUCUGUUUUUACUUUACUUUUAAAACAAGGUGCAAACGUCUAAUGGUGUUUUGAAUUAGACGAGAUGUGGUGUGUGACAGAAAGAAUGGGGGAUCUCUUAUUUGGAACCAUGGCUUGUUCUACCUUUUUUUUGGACAGAAAUGGCAUUCUCCUCAAUCAGAAAUAUUUCUUAUACCGACACUUCACAAGUCACAUGCUUAGAAACGGAAGAGUUUUUGCGUGCACAAUAUCAAGUCGACUGUAAAAUUUUGGAGACAGUCUUAGAACUUGUAAUGUAUAUGGCAUGUAUUUUUUUAACUUUCCGAAGACUCAAUUGUAUAUAUUUUCUCAAUGAAUGGUUGUAACAAAAUUGUUUCUUGAUAUUUUUCUUCUCUUGUAUGAUAUUACAUCAUCCUGCCAGUGUGUUUGUGCUACAUUUUCUUGGUCGUGUAAAGUAGUCAGAUUUUUUUUUUCCUUUCUGCCUUCCUUCUUUCCUCUCUUCCUUUCCUUCUUUCUUUUUUUUUUGAAAAUGCCUUUUGAAGUGUACAGAGUAUGGAGUUUGUGGAAUUGAAUUUAGAAACAUUUACAAAAAUAAACUAUUUUACAUGUUA